CAACCUCUUCAAGGCAUAGCCUCUGUAAUUAGCAAACGCCAAAAUUGCUGAUAUCAAAGGCCAAGUACAAAAACCUUUAACCCUACGUAGGUAGCGUCGUCAUAGAUGAUGGGCGUUUCGCGCUUAUUUCGCGGGCAAAAAAAUAUAGGAGGCUAUGGUACAUAUCAAGGCUUUGCUAAAAAUCCCUAGAAACAUGCACUUUGCCUUUUUGCUUUGAAACGUCCCGCGCAUGUGCAGCACAGUCCAGUUGGUGCAGCUUCAAGGAGUGCGCGGCUACAAGGUGUCUGCUUCUGUGCCGAGUCGUGCUCACCGUUACAGGUGCCUCUAUCUACACAUCACCUACACGUCGAAGGCAUGUCUGCUGCUGUGAGAACUGUCAAGGGCCUUGUGACCUUGGUGACAGGUGGCGCUUCUGGGCUUGGCAAGGCAACUGCAGCACGGUUUGUACGCCAGGGUGCACAGGUGGCCAUUUUCGACCUGCCCACAUCCAAGGGAGAGGAGGUUGCCAAAGAAAUUGGCAGUGACUGCAUCUUCGUACCAGGCAAUGUCACGUCUGAGGACGAUGUAAAAAGAGCAAUGGCUACCAUCAAAGAGAAGUUCAAGCGGCUAGAUGUAGCUGUGAGCUGUGCAGGCAUUGGUGUCGCCUUCAAGACGUACAACUUCAACAAGGAUGUGCCUCAUAGCCUGGAAGACUUCACCAAAGUGGUUAUGGUGAACACGGUGGGGACAUUCAAUGUGGUGAGGCUGGCGGUUGGCCUCAUCGGCAAAAACGAGCGGGGCCCCGACGGUCUGCGGGGCGUUGUCGUGAACACUGCCAGCGUGGCAGCGUACGAGGGGCAGAUUGGCCAGGUGGCCUACAGUGCCUCCAAAGGGGGCAUUGUGGGCAUGACACUGCCAUUGGCACGAGACCUGGCUUCCCAGGGCAUCCGCUGCUGCGCUAUCGCACCAGGCUUGUUUCACACACCCUUGCUGGAGUCGCUGCCCGAGAAGGUGCGCACAUUCCUGGCCGAGACCAUUCCGUUCCCCAAGCGGCUGGGAGACCCUGACGAGUAUGCCCACCUCGUGCAGUCCAUUGUCGAAAACCCUUUGCUCAAUGGCGAGGUGAUUCGUCUAGAUGGUGCACUUCGUAUGGUUAGCUAGUUGUUUUAUUAUCUUUGCUGGACAAUAAAUGCAUUGCCCUACUGUUUGUCAUGAA